AGACCAAAAUAUCGUCUGCGCUGUGAUAGCAGACGGACGUCCGCCAAUCCGCGCGUUCAAUGGAAAUGUGCAGAACAUAUUGGUUGUUUUGGUGCGAGGUCGGAGUCGUGCGACGUCACCGCAUUCGUCCCUGGCAGGUCACAAGGGCAGGGUGACUGCUAUACUCACUCAGGAGAUAAAAACUAGCGUUCCAACCUCUCUCCAGACUAGUUAUCAGCAGCUCACUCAACCAGACAACUUAAGAGUUUUUAGUUAUUCAACCAUUGCUUUCUAUCGGGUCUGAUAGUCACUUUACCUGUCUGUUUGUUGUAGAAUCAAGCGUGCUUACUGAACUUCUACUUUUUAUUUUUCAUUUCUGGAAUUGAACUUAAAAAACAUCAGUGGACUGUUCUGACUAUUUUGGGAAAGAAACAUAAACUGCUUUAGCUGUCAAGUAAUUUAAGACAUCAUCAUCUUCACCAAGAAAACAUCGAGAAUAAACGUGUCCAAGAAGUAAUGGAAUCUAAGGAGGUGAUUGAGGUUAAAAUGACAAAACCAGAUAAAUCCGACUCAUUUGAAGUCAUUACUCCAAUUAAGCAUGAGAAGAUGAAGAAAUCAGCUUUAGAUGUAUCAAAUAUGGUUGGCCCAUCUCGUCCAAAGAGUGCGACGUCAAGCGAUGUUAGCCAGCCCGAGUCGGGAGGCAAGCCUCUCGAUCUCACCUACUCUGCCAUCGUGAGUGCAUCUCAGUUGAAGGGCGUUUAUCCAUACUCUGCGAUGCUACCCGCCGCCGCUGCCGCAGCCGUCUCGGGAUACUCCUACAGCGAGCCGACAUUGGCUGCGUCUGCCGUGGCAUCGUACGCCGGUUAUCCUGCCCUCAUCAACUACCCCGUCGCCGAGAACUCUGGUGCUACAUCGCAGUCGCUUUCCAGUCUGCGACUUUCAGCCCUGCUCGCCUCUCGUCGACGUCGAGCUGCUACCGCCGUUGAUGUAAAGCCCGAGGAGCCUUCAAGAAAGAAGGUCAAACCAGUGCCGGAUGAAAAGAAAGAUAUUGCUUACUGGGAGAGAAGGAGGAAGAACAAUGAUGCAGCGAAGAGAUCACGAGAUGCAAGGAGAAUGAAGGAAGAAGAAAUUGCAAUCAGAGCAGUUUAUCUUGAACAGGACAACAUGAAACUCCGAGCUGAAGUGUCUAUUCUUAAAAGUGAACUUGCAAGGUUGCAUUACAUGGUUUACAACUGCUAAUGAUGUAUUUAUCAAGGACUAGAGACUACCGAACAAGCUGGUUGUUGCUUACAAGUUGAUACAUGUACAGAAAGAUUCAAUCAAUUAAAGCAAACACCGAAUGAAUCGAGAGAAAAAAAAUAAUGCUGCCUGUUGUCGAAAUGUUGACAAUGCUAAGUGAAUGCUGAGUAUUAAACUGUCUCUGAGAGACUCUAUUUAAGUACUUGUCCGUCGUAUUUUCCGCUGAAAUAACGAAUCUGGGUUUUCCACCGGCUUGCCAUUUUUAUUAUUUAAUGUUCAUUCCUCAGUUAACUUCACACAAUGGGAGGACAAUACAAAAUGUUACGAUAUUUCUUUCAGAUACAAUUCCAUUCUAGCUCUACGCUUUUGAUUGUAACUACGAUUUUUGUCAGUCUGGGAGGUAAUCCUGUUGAGACAAAUCAGAAUCAGUCUAAUUUCACAUGUAUUACUUAAUGAUAGUUAAAAGUAUUUGUUCUCUUUUAAAUUAAAGAUGUAGUAUUCUUAACCGUUGCCCUUUGCUUGCUGUGUAAGCUUGAAAGGAUAUUGAUACUCAGUAGUAAAAAAAAUAUUAUUUAAGAAUAUCAAGCCUUUCUUUCCUAGACAGGGUCAGUACUGUUUGUGCUAAUAUUAUUUACUCAUAUACCUACUUUCCGAAAACCUACAAUUUGACGCAAAAUUUGGAUUUACCUCUAUGAAUAGGAUGCUAUUAUAUAUCAUAUGCGAUCCUGUCUAAUGUUUCGUACUCAGGGAAGAAAAUAAUCAGGACCUGUGACACAAAGGUUAGCGAUUAAUCGCUAAAUGAAAUAGCCUAUCAAGAUCAUUACCGCAUGCCACAUUUUGUUCAGUAGACUGACCAGGAACCAAUCAGAAUUGUUCUUUCAAAUUAGCGAUUAAUCGCUAACCAUAUUGUUACAGAGUCCAGUUUUGUCAAACCGACCGGAAUCUAUUACUAUCUUAAUACACGUUUACAUUUACAAGGGAAUUUUCUGGAUGAUUCAAUAAAGUUUGAUUCUAAAUGUGUUAUUGGUGUUGGUUUUAAUAUCAACCACCCUUAAUUUUGCACCGCGUAAUUAUUUUCUGUUUCAUGAUAUUUUUUAAACCAAAUUCCACACUUUCUACUCAAGUGAAAAUAGUAUAAAAAUCUUAGUAAUUAUUCAAAUAUUGUUGAUUAUGUUGUAAGAAUGUAGUGCUAUUUGAUUUUGUAAUUAAUUUCACUGUCUCCUGAUUAUACAUUAUGUAAAGGUUUGAAAAAUAAAGACUAAAAAAAACGAGAUAGAGAGACAAACAUUCUUGGAUGUUUAAUCCUACAAUGUGGUGAAUAAACCAAUUCACUAGUCAUGGCUUAAAUUUAUGUUAUCUUGAUGGUAUACGUGAUGAUGAUUUCACAUGUCAAUGAAAAUCACUUUUCACAUCUACGUAAAUCCAGAUCCGUCAUUUUUUUUUUAGGUUAUCUCCCGCCUAUUCUUGCACUUUUUUCUGCAGAAAGUUAUGGACAUCAAUUAAUUUCCAAGAAUGGUCGGCGGAUGAAUCAAUUAUUUUAAAUACUUAAUAUGAGCUUUAAGCUUGAUCUUUGCAAAAUGAUGUUUGAGAUUUUUGUGGGUGAUUUAUUCUAAUCACGUUCACAGUGUUUCCUUGUGUUGUUAUCAUGAUUAUGUCAUAAUUGCAAUACGUUAACGUUCAGAGUUUCAGAAAGAAAAUUCCAGAACAAUUAGUACAUUUUGUCAUUAUUGUUAUCUCAGUGCAUCAUGGUUUUUGUCCCGAUUAGUAAAUAGGCCUUACACAUCCCCGAUACAGUUGCAAUAUCUAACAAUUUCCUUCUGACCACAAGUGUACACCAUGCUAUGUAUUGUUAUAUUUAUGGUAAAAUAUUUUGCACGAGAUAGUGAAACUGAUUAUCGUGUGUCUGUAUAUAUUUACGUCGUUGUACGAUGGCAAUAUGAUAUUCAUGUUCGCGUAUUAAAAUAAUACUGACGAAUUA